AUGGCUGACCAGAAUGAGAAGAGGACUCCUCAGCGCAACAUUGUGCACUGUCUGAAGUGCUUCAAGCCUCAGGAAAACCUACCAGUACACCUGGCUCGGGUGUGUAUGAAACAGAGCGAUCCAGAGGAGAGAGCCGCUGCGGUGAAGGAAGCCAAGAAAUCCUUUAAGGAUUGGGCCAAAGCAGGGAGGAUGUGGGACUACAAAGAACUCAGUGAGGUCAUCCCUGACAAAGCCAGCUGUUACCGCAUGAUGAGGGAGCUGCUGCAGAGGGGGUGUUUUGUCGCUAACCAGCCCCACGAGCAUGACAUGGCAGCCUCUGCAGGUGAAUCCACCUCUGCUGGUACCUCUGCUGGAACCUCUGUUGGUACCAGGUACAAAGUUGACCGUUCGACCAGCCAAGAAGUCCGAAGGGCCGCAGAGACACAUGUGGCCAAAAACUUCACUCCCGCCCAGAAGGAAAAAGUUGCCCGAUACAUGGCACACACCACACAAGUAGCCAAGGCCCAUUACCAAAUGAUGCUGCUAGAACAAAUCGCGGAGACGGCUGAACUGAUGAUGGUCCUGAAUGACCUGUCUCCAGACGAUUCAAAUGGAAGGGGAAAUCUGCCUGAAAAGGUCCUGCCAAAAAGGCAAUUUUCUACUUUUUUGGAGAACUUUCCGGUCACUCUGGAUGGAUCAGCACCACCUGCUAAAAAGAGGAAGGAAGCAGGUUUUCCAGCAGAGGAUCGGUCACUCACCGACAAGUGGCACAAAGUUCAGAGGGACCACAGAGCAGAGUAUUUGCUGUCCAAAUUCAGACAUCGCCAACCAACUCAGCGGCAGUUUGACAGAUGUGUUGAGGGCAUGAAAUGGGAAACAAACAAACCCAAAUAUCCAACUGUGCUGAAGCUGUGGACGCCACCCCGUAAAGAGGACAUGGCCAGCAACAAGAAGCUCAUCCGGAGUGUGAUGACACAGAGGUGGAAGGGCCUCUCCAUCAAAGACUUUGGUGGAGACAAAGGGAAAGGAGUGAUUGCGAAUCGCAGAUUUGUCAAAGGGGAGAUAGUCUGUGAUUACCACGGCAACGUGAUCCAAGCAUCAGAAGGGAGAGCCAUGCUUGGGGCUCAUGAAGAUGGGAUGUGCUACCUAUUCUUUUUCAAGGAUGGAGAGAGGGAUUUGUGUAUUGAUGCACAAACGUUUCCCUGCUCAUGCCACAAGGACCUGGACACCGUUGGAAGGAGAAUCAAUCACUCCUCCAAGAAACCCAACUUGAAGCCAGUUCACGUUUUGCUGAACGCCGAUGGAGUGAACUUAGAUGUGAUCCUGUUCAAGGCUUUAAUUGACAUUGAAACGGGGACAGAACUAAAGUUCCACUACGGUGUAAACAGGAAAUCGCACCGAGGAGAAGGCCUGGAUCUGGACUGGCUGGAUGAGUGA